AUGCAAUCCACACAAGAUAACAGUAAUAAAUGGACAUCACCUCCUGAUACGCCUCGCAAUUACAUGCCGCUCCAACCAAGCUAUCCGUACAGUAAUACCGAGUACAAUCCUCAAUCCAAUGUACUGCCCGGUUUGGCCACACAGCCAUCUAUGCAUGGUUUAAUGGCAGGCUCGCAGCCAAGCACACCGAGACCUGAUAUUAUUAGCCCACCACCUGACAAAAUUUCUUCAAUCACUUCAACGAAUACGACCACUACGCCUGACCUUAUUAGAAGAAGACCUCCACUUCCUUCUCGACCCGCAAGUUUCACCACCACCACAUUUCACUCCAAUCCUUACCCAGGCAGCGUCUCAUUGAGACGACGCAGAACGGAAUCAUCCAUGUUCUCCUUUGAAACCGGACCCUCCUUCAGCCAAACCAAGCAAUUUUUAGAUUUAUGGAAUAUUGAUCAAACGAAUGGGCAUCAAGUUCAAUUGCAUGCUAAAAUGGACCGAGGAUUUUUCCGCGCAGAUCAAGACUGGACCUGCUAUCGCCGUAAUUACUUUCAAGUUAGUGCUACAUUUGAUGUCCAUGGUAUGAAUUAUGCAAUGCAAGGUCCUGAAGUGCCUUGUCUGCUAAGAACCGAGAACCAAGAGAUCCAUCAAAUCGACUUCUUUUCAAUUGGCGUCAGUGCUCGUGUAUCUGGUAGCGACAAAAAGAUUGAACUGGUUCAGCAUACACCCAAGCGUGAUAAAGGCCCUCAAAUGAUACCUGAGCCCAGAGUCGUCAGCGCUGGCGGCAAUUUGCACUUGGCCUCUGUGGGUUCCAAUCACAACAUUGUCACCUUUGAGCGUAUGCAAUUCAAAACCGCCACCGCCAAUAACGGAAAACGAAGAGCUGCACAACAGUAUUACGAGAUAGUGGUCGAUCUGUGUGCAAACAGUUCGACGGGAAAGCAAUUCAAAGUAGCUUCUUGUACAUCUGCUCCUCUCGUUGUUCGUGGUAGAAGUCCUGGGCAUUAUGCUGAUUCACAUACACGCUACAGAAGCAUGGAUGCUGGUACUCCUUCAACUGCUCCAUUUGGUUCACUUGGUCAGGGCGCUGCUGGUAGCACAACAAACCCUUCGCUUCCUCCACCUCCUCCUCUGCCUGCCACCAAUUCGUCUUCUGGUGCUGCCUCUUCCAGUUCUGGUAGUGGCCCAGGUGUUUCUGAUGAUCAUCAUCAUUACAUGCCUUCCCCACAACAACAGCGUCCAUAUGGCCCUUCCAUGAACUCAUCUGCCAGCAAUGGUAACCCUGAUUUCGGCAACCCUUAUUCUUCCUACCAUCAACAGCAGCAACCACCACCACCUUCCGAUGGCUAUCCUUACCCCGUAGCUAGCUUUGCUCCCGUAUUAACCACGCCUCCCAUGGGUGCUAGUAGAGAAGACGAAGGGCAUCGCGAGAGCGGUUACAUGAUGCAUCCCUAUGCUACGCAGCCCUCCCAACAUCCAAGCAGUCAUCAAGACAGCUACUAUGACAAUAAUCACAACAAUGGGCAUCCUAGCAACGACGUUUACGGCAACCAUCCUGAUAAUAAGCCAUAUUGGAACAAUAGGGAUCCUCAAUUACAACAGCCUAACAAUGCACGUUAUAGCUCAAACGGCCCUCAUGCAAACAGCUCUCCUUACGACUUUAACGGCUACAAUGGCAACAGCGUGCGCCCUCAACAACAAUCGACCAACGAACAUCCCUCUGAACCUCAUCACUCACUUGACGCUGGACGUUCAAUAAAAUCUGAUAAUAGGCAAUGCAUGCAUCAUUCUUCAGCAAACUCUCAUUAA